CCAUCUGGUUCUGCAAAGGUUACGAGUCCUGCAGAAGCCUGCGGUGCCGGAGCGAAUUUAGAGUUCUUCGGAGAGAAAGACGCAAUGGACGAACCAUUGAAGGAGGAAGACGGCGAAGAGAAGCCUACGGGCAUUGAGAAAAACGAAGAAGAUGAGACGAUCGCAUUAUCGGUAGGUACGAAUCGGAAGGAGAAGAGGAAGGCCAUCAAGAAACUGAAGCGGAAGCAAAUGAGGAAGGAGAUAGCAGCAAAGGAGCGCGAGGAAGAGCAGGCUCGGCUCAACGAUCCCGAGGAGCAGAAAAGAGCACUUCUGAUGGAGCAGGAAGAGGCCGAGAGGGUUGAGAGGGAAAGGAAGCUGUUUGAGGAGAGAGAAAGGGCGUGGAUUGAGACUAUGGAGAAGAAGAUGAAGAAGGCGGCUGAAGAAGAGCAGAGGAAGCUUCUCGAAGACACUCAUAAGCAACAGGUUGGUGAGCAAGAGAAGGAGACCGAAUUGAAUGAGGAUGGUGAAUGGGAAUAUGUGGAGGAAGGUCCCGCUGAAAUUAUUUGGCAAGGAAACGAGAUCAUUUUCAAAAAGAAAAAAGUGAGGGUUCCCAAGAAGGAUUCAAGCCACCAAAAUAAAAGGGAGGAUGCUGACAAACCUACAUCAAAUCCUCUACCUCCGGAAUCCGAAGUUUUUGCUGAUUACACAAAUUCAUCAGCAGCUUCUGCGCAGCAGGUUCUUGAGAGUGUUGCACAACAAGUGCCAAAUUUUGGGACUGAACAGGAUAAAGCUCAUUGCCCCUUCCAUUUGAAAACUGGCACAUGUCGAUUUGGUCAACGUUGUAGCAGAGUCCAUUUUUACCCUGAUAAAUCAAGCACACUUCUUAUGAAAAACAUGUACACUGGUCCAGGCCUUGCUUGGGAGCAAGAUGAGGGGCUUGAGUAUACAGACGAAGAGGUGGAACAUAGUUUUGAAGAAUUUUAUGAGGAUGUUCACACAGAGUUCCUGAAAUUUGGAGAAAUUGUGAACUUUAAGGUAUGUAAAAAUGGUUCAUUUCACUUGCGAGGAAAUGUCUAUGUGCACUAUAAAUCAAUGGACUCUGCUGUCCUUGCAUAUAACUCAAUCAAUGGUCGUUACUUUGCUGGAAAACAGAUUAGAUGUGAAUUUGUGAACGUGACCAGAUGGAAGGUUGCAAUAUGUGGGGAGUAUAUGAAGUCAGGGUUCAAGACCUGUUCCCAUGGUUCAGCUUGCAAUUUUAUCCACUGUUUUCGUAAUCCUGGAGGAGAUUAUGAAUGGGCUGAUGCUGACAAACCACCGCCAAAGUAUUGGGUGAAAAAGAUGGCUGCUUUAUUUGGUUAUUCUGAUGAACAUGAGAAAUUGAUGGAGCAAGAAGCUAGUGAUCUGAAGAGCUCAAGCAAAAUACAGAAAGCAGAUUCACACAGGUACCAUUCGAGGAGAUCAAGGUCCAGGGAGAUUGGCGAGUUCAAUAGCAAUAGUUCUGGUAGAAGAAAACGUGAAGAUGAAAGAAAAUGGAGCAGAACUCGUGAUGGGGAAAUAUGUGAACAAACUACCAACUUGAAAGACAAGCAUAAAGGGAAAGGUAGAACUUCUGAUUCUGACACUGAUAGGGAAUGGUCGGAUAGGAAAGAAGAUAGCCGCAAACACCAUACUCGCCAUAGAAAAAGUUCAAUUAAUUGGAACGAUGGUGAUGAGAGAAGAAGCCACGAAGGUUAUUUUGAUGUGGAUUCAGAUGUGGCACGUGGGUACAGCAAAAACCGCCAUCAACACCAUAGAGAACACUCAACUACUAGGAACAAUGGUGAUGAGAGAAGCUACGGAGGAUAUUCUGAUGUGGAUUCCAAUGUGGCACGUGGGUACAGUAAAAAGCGCCAUCAGCACCAUAGAAAACACUCAACUACUAGGAACGAGGGUGAGGAGAGAAGAGGCUAUGAAGGUUACUCUGGUGUCGAUUUAGAUGCAGCACCUGGGCACAGCAAAAAGCGCCAUCACCACCAUAGAAAACACUCAACUACUAGGAACGAAGGUGAUGAAAGAAGCCAUGAAGGGUAUUCUGAUGUAGAUUCAGAUGCAACACCUGGGGACAGAAAAAAGCACCAUCAACCCUGUAGAAAAUGCUCAAUUAAUAGGAAGGAGGAUGAUGAGAGAAGAAACGAAGAUGGUUAUUCUGAUGUGGAUUCAGAUGCUGUACCUGGGGACAGGAAAAAAAGGCCCAGUGGUGAAGGAAGGAGCUCAAGAAAAAGGCAGAGAAACAUUGAUGAGGCUGGAUCUGGGGAUUGGUCAGAUAGGGAUGGAGAUAAGAAAUGGCAUAGGAAAAGCAGAAGCUCUAGAAAUAGGAGCAGGGACUAUGGAUAUUCAACCAGUGAUACUGAAUCUGGCACAUGUUCAUUUGAUAGAGAUGGAGAGUCUUCUAGGAAAAUAUCCAAACACAGAAGAUCCGGUUUGCGGGAUGAUUACGAGGAUUAUGAGAACAAAAGUGAAGUCAACAGAGACCGGUCAAAGGAGGAGAAAGACAGACGAGAGCAUCGUCACGAAACCAGGAAGAGUUCAAAACACGAGAAGAAAUUGGAGUCCGAUGAUGAUCAAGAUGACAAUAAUGUUCAUUAGGAUUAUCAAAUAGGAAUUGGGCAUCAUAGCAAACAAGGGAAGUGAUUAAAGAAUGAAGAAUAUCUUAAAACUCCAGAUUCUGAUGAGCGUAUUAAGGGCUGGUUAGCGAUGCUGAUGUUGGCAGCCAUUGGUUGAACAAUGGCUGUGAGAGGACCUUAUGACUCCAGAAAUGCAUUUUAGUGUCCGCAUUACAAUGCUAUACUGUUAAGUGAAGGAUGGCAGCAGUGAAUAGGAGGAGGAAAAGGAGAGAAGCCGGGUCCGGGUAUGGGCCCCAUUUAUUCCUGUCAUCUUCAUUAUUGGGUGGGUCCCGUAGCAAUAUGAAAAACGAAAAGAAAAUCUUAUUUUUAAAAUUAGCAUCUUGUGUUGAAUUUCUCCAAUCGAUGAAACCAAUAUUCUGCUAUAUGGCCAUAAAGGAAAUGGAAGAGAGGAACGAUAUUCUCCUUGUCAGUUUUCCAUAUACAUUAAUAUUUCCGCUAUUCGUACAUACAGAAACUAAUUGAUAGAUUUACUUCAAUAUUAAGUAUAGUAUCUCAAUU